AUGAAAAUAAACUUGAAGUCUGUUACGCAACUGAACUCAAGCAGUUACGUUCGUUGGCGUUUUGAAAUUCAGGCUCAUCUCGAAGCAAACGAUGUGUUUGAUGUGGCUGAUGGAUCGAGAGAGCAACCAACGGAUGCCACACUGGCUGAUUGGAAAAAGAAGGACGCUUUGGCGAGGUCUUUGUUAAGUAAAUCUCUCGAUGAUGCACAUUUUAAUUUGGUGGUCGCCUGUAAAUCAUCCGCUGAUAUGUGGAAGACUCUCGUGGGACAUUAUGACGAGGUUUCAAACACGACGAAACUAGCUGCAUUGGAAGCAUACAACGACUAUCACUGGAAAGACGAUAUGACUGUUAAUCAUGCUGCUCGCGCUGUUGAAGCACCACCGUAUAACGUGAAGGAAGUGAAAAGAAUUUUCCGUUACUUAAAAGGCACAAUGUCAGUAGGAAUUCAGUUUAGUGAAGGUAAAAACGAAGUUGUUGGAUAUUGUGAUUCAGACUAUGCUGGAUGUCCGGACACUGCUAAAAGUACUUAUGGACAUGUGUUCGUAUUAAACGGUGGACCAAUAUCCUGGGAAUCACGGAAGAGCACGAUUGUCGCUGACUCCACAACUGUUGCUGAACUGCAGGCUGCUUAUGAAGCAUCGAAACAAGCCAUAUGGAUUAAAGAUCUCAUGAAAGAACUCAUGACUUCUUCUGAGAAACCAAUAAUAAUCUAUUGCGACAAUGAAGCGGCUGUUAAGCUGUCAAAAUCCGAGAAAAUAAAGAAGAAAACCAAGCACGUCAAUGUUCGCUUUAAUUUUCUACGACAGACUGUUGGAGACAACGUGGAAGUUAAACAUAUUGCGGGCACAGAAAACCCAGCGGACAUGCUAACGAAGCCUCUACCCCAUGCAAAGCUGCUCCAUUGCUUGGUGACAAAUCGAGGGACCGAGGUGGCCAAGGAAUUGGUCCGUAAGUUAACCAACGUUUUCCAUAUUUUGAAUUUAGAUAUUGAACAACAAUCCGAGCGUUAUGAGAUGGACAACCAUCUUGUUGGAAAUAAAUACGUUGCACAACAUCAUUUGGAAGCACUUGCAACAAUGUUAGAAGUUGAAACCGAAGAAAAUUUAAAACUCUUAGAUAAACCAGUUUCAGUAGCAACUGCACGAAUAGAAGUGUGCGGAUCUUCUUCUAAAUGUGCUAAGACCAUAAGAGUAUUGUCUGCAGUUGUAUUUAAAUGCGCCAAUAUUUUUGCAAUAUUUCUUCAAUGUUUCUCCAGAAUAAUUACCAUAUGCUGCGAAAUACUGAACGAGUCAGCCGUCUUUUUCGCCACGGUCGCUCAAUUCCGGUACUUUAUUAGUACUCGAACCUUACCGUUGUCCGACUGGGUCCCCUAUGAUAUCUCGUCAACGACCGCUUUCUGGGCUACUAUGUUGCACCAAACUAUCGGAUUAAUUAUAUGUGCUAAUGCCAGCGUUGCCCACGAAACUCUCAUAUCUGGUUUUAUGAUUCAAACCUGCGCCCAGCUAGAUAUACUCUGCUAUCGCGCUCGUAUGUUGCCGAGUUCGCUACGAGAAGCCCAGAAAUGCAGCAUCUCGAAGGAAGACUUCAAGGCGCGAGAACAGCGACUAAUUCGCGAGCUCAUUCAUCAUCAUCGCUUCGUAUACAGAUUUGCUGAACGCAUCAAUGCGGUAUUCACACUAAUGAUUUUCGUGCAAUUCACCAUAAGCUCGACAGUGCUCUGUCUUAGCAUCUACAAAAUGUUGACAAAGAAUUUGCUGAGCCUUGAAUUUGCAUGGAGCUCGUCGUAUCUUGGUUGUAUGCUUAUGCAAAUUUAUUUGUACUGCUGGUUCGGUAACGAAGUAACAUUGAAGAGCACUGAAAUCGGAAAUGCUAUUUAUGAGAUGGAAUGGCCGAUGCUUCCUAUUGAUUUAAUGAAGAUUCUUUUAUUAAUAAUUACUCGAUCUAAGAGACCAAUUAAGAUAACUAGUGGAUACAUGAUUACUUUGUGCAACGAUUCGUUUAUGAAGAUCAUCAAAAUAUCUUAUUCAGCGUAUAACGUCUUGCAAGGAUCUUAGUACGAACGAAAACUAUUAUUUUUUUCGGGUA